AUGCCAGGUCCAUUACUAGUACUUAAAGCUUUCAAGCUGAAGAGGGCAGCCAAUAGGCUAAUGCUAGCUAAAGAGAAUGCCCUACGAAGACACAGAGGGGAAAGAGAACGAUACCCUUUUUACGAAGAGUGUUGGACUUGGAUGGUUGACUGCGUCAAAAAUAAUUUCUGCAAAGCUUUUUGUCCUUGUUGCUUGGCUCGAAAGAAGAAAAAGGGACCUGGACCCGAAAACUAUUCAGAAAACUUUUUGAGGCGUCCUUGCUUGGAAGGUACAUUUGAAAAUUUCGCUUUGAAAAGUUUCUUUGGAUUCUUCAGCGGAAUACUUCUGACAGUCUCGGCCUUCUUCUUCUUCAUCCACCAGUUGAACUGUGACCCUUGGAAGACUACCAUAUUUUGCAUUAUUUUUGGAGCUUUUUUGAGCAUUGGGCUUGCAUUCAGUGAAGAAGUGCGAUGCAUAACGAUGCUUUCCGUUCCAGAGCUUUUCUCCAGUCGUGGUAGAACAGCUCUGAUGGCUUAUACGUAUAUAUUAGUGUUAAGUGGUCCUAUGAAGAACGCCAUGAGAAACUCAAAUAUUUUAGUGGAGUCGAUGAACUGUGGGCAGGAGAUUAUUGUGAAGCAGACGAAAGCCCUCAUGAGAUCCAUAUUUGCUCCUCUCAUUGCGAUCAUCGAUGUGAUGCGUUCCAUUUUACAAGCGUUGAAAAGUUUUGCUCGACAGAUGAAAGCAGCGUUCAUAGCCAUACGAGACCUUUUUCUAGAAAUCAUGAACGCAAUAAAAUCGAUGUUUAAAUGGUUACUCAGCAUGGUAAAUAUAUGUUCCAACAAAUACGGAAGUCCUUACGAGCGAUGCACCCAGGCUUUUGAUAGUGCCAUUGAAGACUGUAAUAAUAAGCUGGGAAUUUUCGGCUUUUUGUGCUACAUCGUCGAAGCAGUAAAGCAGAUCUGCCACAUAGCCAGAAUUGUGGAUUUGCUCUGUGCCAUACCAAAAGCUGUGAAGAGCGGAAUCAUCGAACCCAUAAAACAACAGAUCAAGACUUUUGCCCGAUAUAUGUACAACCAGUUUUACGUCAACAUUACGUUCAUUCACUACUACAACUAUUCAAUCGAGCAGAGCAAAUCCUUCGAAGAUAUUCGAGAAGAUAUAUCCGCUGAAGUAAAAGAACGAACAGAGCAGAUUUUUGGCUGGAUUGAUUGGUCGGACUUUUUCAUGUCCUUCAUGUUUUUGAUGGUCAUUUUCAAGGCUUAUCUGUAUCGUAUCCGCUAUCUCUCUGCUGAUCACUACGAUAACGUGUAUAUUACAUUUAUGUUACGUGACAUGGACGACAGGCGGGCGGACAUGGAGAAAGAGACCAUCCUGCCGCUCACCGUCCGGGAAGCAAAGAAGUACAUCAACACGUUCUCUAUCCGGAUGGCUGCUUCCGAGCGCAAGAAGCUCAUCGUUGCCGGAACGCUGCUGCUCGUGUCCGGCCUGCAGAUGGCCUUCUAUAUGAUAUUGGAUUAUUCCUUGGUUCAGUUGCUGACGAUGAUCAGAUAUUUUGGGAAAAUAGAAGCGAAAGGAGAAGUCCCAACCGUUAUCCAAAUACAAGUGAAAGGUUCUGGUGUCAUGGCUGAUAUGUAUCGACAGAUGGUUACUCAGUUCGAUCCAAUGAUGAGUUCAGUACCAGAAUAUGACUCAAGUAAAUGCUUGCCAGAUGCCGUUCCAAUUGAUCUGGACCGAUAUCAACAGAUAGGAACUCUUUAUUUAACUUGCAUUAUACUGGCUGUUACCCAAAGCUAUGGUCUGAGACUGAGGCACAUCGUUUGUGGUUGCUACUAUCCGCAUCGGGAGCGCAUACGAGCUGUGUGGCUCUACAACCACAUCCUGAAGACUCGAGGUAACCUCAGCUACUUCCUGAGGCGACAGAUUCGGAAGAAGGUCUAUGGCGAUGAUACGCUGGAAGACGUGAGUUUGAUUGACAGGCUGUCCGGCCAAUGCAAACUGUUUGGAAGGAUUGUCAAGGCAUUCGGAUACGAGCGAAUCUUUUGCGUGUGCUGCAUGGAACCUGGCAAGCCGGACGACUACACGAAUUUCAAGAGAUGCAGUACUUCGGGAUGUAAAGGCAUCUACUGUUAUGCUUGCUUUGCAGAUAUCAAUAACAUGUGUACACUAUGUAUGAAACCUGUGGAUUAUGGUGAUUUGUCUGAUUUUAGCGAAGAAAGGUAA